UGGACUGACUGAAGCUGCGGGUAGGAGUGGACGGACAGACCGCGGACGCCGGGAAGGCUGUACCGGAAUGCGGGCGCCUGAUGGACUGACGGGUGGUGCUGGGCGCGCCACGCCAAUGGGAGGAGACGGCGCCGGUCCCCUGGGGGCGAGGGAAUCCCUGGGAGAGGGGCUGGGAAGGGGCUCAGCGGAGAUGCCCAGGUCCCCGAGGGAGGGGCGCGGGCGUCUACGCCCCAAAAGCGCAGCACGAAAACCGCACCGGCUGGGCGCCCAGGCAGGAAGGGAGGAUGCAGAGAGAGUGGAAUGUGAGUUUCGGGGUCCUCUGCCCAGUCUGCCUUUCGGAACGUCUGAGUCUGAAUAGCUUGUUGAUUUUGGGGUGCUGUGGUAUCUGCUAGGAUGAGUUUGGAUCUUGUUGGGUAGACCCAAGAAGAGACCGUGGGGGAACCUUGUUUACAAAAGGGUUCAUCUUCCCAGGGCUCUCCAACCAGAAGCCUGAGCAGAGCACUCCUCCCCAGAGAUGUCCCACCCCAAAGCAAAGGAAACCCCAACUUUUCUUCCUUUUCCCCAGAGGCAGUCCAAGGCUGGCCCUGAGACAGGAGCAUCGCUCUCUUGGGCUGCAGCGCUGAAAGCUACCUCUUCCCUCCUCACACCAAGCCUGUCUCCUCCUCUUGCAGGAUUUGCUGCUGUCUUCACCGCCGUUCCAUCCUUCCCUCAGAGGCCCUCUCCCCUCUCCUGUCUCAAGAUGGCAGCUAGCAGCUCUGAGAUCUCUGAGAUUAAGGCCGUAGAGGAGGGUCCCCAGACCCAGGGAGAAGGGCCUGGCCAUUCUGAAGGCCAAACUGGCUCUCCCCAGGUCCCAGCUGGGGUCUCAGAUGAGCCAGAGACCCUGCAGCCAGGCCCAGACGUCAUGGGGGCCCCUGUGGACUCAGAGCCCAAGGUUGGGCUGGCUCCAGAAACCACAGAGACCCCAACCGGGGCCCCUGAAGCAGCUCAGGCCAGAGACCUCAGCUCAAACCCAGGAGGGGAAGCAAAGGCCAACUCCAGCACUGAAGAAACAUGCCAAGAGCUAGCAUCCAAACCCGAAGUGAGCAAAGAGGCCACUGCAGACCCGGAAUCCAACCUGGAAUCCGCAGCCCCGCUUGAGCCAGCCUCAGAGCCUGCCCCCCAGCCAGAACCCCAGUUAGACCCCCAGCCAGAGCCCCAGCCAGCUUCCCAGUCCACCUCCACACCAGCCCUUCAGCCAGAACCCCCUACCCAGGAGGAGCCCACCUUUGAGAUCCUGAGCGAGAACAUGGGAGAAAAGCAGGAGAACGGGGCAGUGGUUCCCCUGCAGGCUGGUGAUGGUGAUGGGGAAGAGGGUCCAGCCCCCCAGCCUCACUCACCACCCUCCACAAAGACCCCCCCAGCCAAUGGGGCCCCACCCCGUGUGCUGCAGCAGCUGGUGGAGGAGGAUCGACUAGGAAAGGCUCACAGUGGGCAUUCAGGAUCUCCCCGAGGAAGCCUGAGCCGCCACCCUAGCUCCCAGCUCGCAGGGUCUGGGGUAGAGGGAGGUGAAGGCACCCAGAAACCUCGGGACUACAUCAUCCUCGCCAUCCUGUCCUGCUUCUGCCCCAUGUGGCCUGUCAACAUCGUGGCCUUCGCUUAUGCUGUCAUGUCCCGAAACAGCUUGCAACAGGGGGACGUGGAUGGGGCCCAGCGUCUGGGUCGCGUGGCCAAGCUCUUAAGCAUCGUGGCACUGGUAGGGGGGAUCCUCAUCAUUAUCGCCUCCUGCGUCAUCAAUUUAGGCGUGUAUAAGUGAGGGGCUCUGCCCUGCAUUCCAAGACUUUUUUUCCUGUUGGGAGCUGCCUUGGGCCCAUCCUCCCUUGGGGGGAGCCCAAUCCAUGGCCCAGGCCCGCACCCAUAGGGACCAAGGGAGCCUGAGCGGCCUUGUUUACAGCUUCUUUCCUGCUCCUGCAUCCUGCCAGGCUCCUCUGCCAACCGUAGGCCUCCCUUCUCCCUGCACUGUUUCCAACCUCCCUGCACUUCUGCCUGCACCCCCUCCAGCCUCUCGGCUUCCCUAUCCUUGCACUUCCUGCACUUUUGGAAUCCUCCCUGAACAUCUCCCCAUCUCUCUGUGCUCUCAGCCUCCCUGCAUCUCUCCCCACCUUCCUGCACUACAACCUCCCCGAAUUUCCUGCACCUCGACCCUGGUCUCCCUCACCCAACUUUCAUUGUCUCAGCUUCCUCCCCCUAUCCCUUUCUUCCUCCCCACCUUAUUCACCGCCACUUCCCUCCCCACACCCUCCGCCCCCUUCCUCUUCCUGCCUCCUCAUCUCCCUCCAGCAUCCUCUCCUCCACCCUCCUCCACCGUUUAUUCUACAAAAACUCCAGCACUCAGAUCAGGCUGGGGGAGGGGAGUGGUGUCAGGAGAGGGCUCUCUCGCCCGGGCUCCGACUGUUCUCUGUUGGGACCACCCAGGUCCGGACGACCCCCAGGGUGCCUCGGGGUCGCAGAGCUGGCAAGCCAGGCCUCGUUUGGAGACACGCAGGGGUGGCGUGUUCUGAACACGCACCUGGGAGAACGGAGGGGCACGGCUGUUGACCCUCCCUGGUCAGCCUGAGUUGACCUGCUCCAUCUGGUCUUUUUAACCCAGUCAGCGAACUCGUCGGAGCUGGGGUCAUUCACGUACUUCGUAAGAAAAAGAAUCCCCCAAAUAGGACCAAAGCUCCCAGCUGCAGGGAGCAAGGGAAGGGCAGAGAGAUGUAUUAUUAUUUUCUAAGAGGACGAGAGAGGUUUGUUGCACGCGACAGUCCGCUGGGGAGGCGGGGACCGAGCCACAACGCGGUUCGGAGUUGGCGGGUUUUUUUUUUUUUCCCCCUAAAAAAAAGUGUAGGGAAAAAACCCUAAAAGUCUAAAAACAAAAAAAAGGAUACAUCAAACUGAUUCUCCCUUUUUGUAUGCCGAUGCUGCAUGGGUCUGAGACACCAAUAAACGGAGACUGCAUGAGA